AUGGCAAGUCGUCUUCGCGUCCCUAAUCUCGACACUACGUUGGGAGCAGCCUUCCUGGGGAGCAUUUUCGCUGCAAUCCUCUAUGGUGGCGUGUGCAUACAGUCUUUCAUUUAUUUUCGGAGAAGUAAGACGGAUCGCAUAUACUUCCGGAUGAUUAUCGGUGCCUUAUGGGCACUCGACUCUCUUCAUCUGGCAUUCGUUACACAUGCUCUCUAUUACUACCUUAUCAAGAGCUACAGCAACCCGCUCGCUUUGCUUGCUCCAAACUGGAGCAUCAUGUCGCAAGUAUUUGUCACUUGUAUUAGCAAUGUCACCAUGAGAGCGAUCUACUGUCGGAGAGUUUGGAAGCUUUCUCACAACAUUUUUGUCGUGGUCUUGAUCGCCUUGACUACACUGCUGACUUUCAGUUCCGGAAUUUCCUUCGGUAUUUUAGGAUGGGCAGAAGGAACCUUUGCAAGGUUGCACAACAUAUCUUACCUCAUGUAUACCUCUCUCGCGAGCGCCGUCGCGGCCGACGCCCUCAUCGCCACCUCAAUCUGCGUUUCCUUAUCACGUUCUCGGACCGGAUUUAAGAAAACGGAUUCAAUGGUCACUGUCCUGAUGCUCUACGCAAUCAAUUCGAGCGAGUGUCACUCGUCUGGCCCUUUAUUUCUAUCACUAAUACUUAUCCUGCGGGGCUUAGGUGGGCUUACAAGCAUUUGCUCCCUUGCUUGCUUCAUCACAUACGCCGUCUGGCCACUGGAGUUCAUCUUCAUCGCUAUAUACUUCUGCUUGAGCAAACUUUUCCUGAACAGCCUGCUCGCCAUGCUAAACGGCCGCACGUCGCUCAAGAACAAAGUCACGGUCGUUAAUGGCGACGGCUCGUUCAACUUCUCCACGAACCUGUUGUCGAAUCUCUCUUCGCAGUCUGCGUCUACGAAAGCAGUGGACUACCCUUCGUUCGCCUCGAAGGAUGUGUAUGCCAUGGACAAGGUCCCGAAAAGCCCUACUAUGACAAUCACGGUGAAUCGACAUGUAGAAACGAGUUCUGCUGUUUGA